UGUCGGGCUGCCCAGUAUAUGAAGAGCCGGCUGGAUGGUGCUCAGCCCCUCGGGUGGGCGUGUUAAGUGACAUACCGGCGAUCAUAGAAACGGCCUGAUCCCGUACUGAGCCAUGAGUACCGGCCAUGGAAGCCGCUAAAUCCUCCGAGCGGAAGCGGCGCCGGCGGCCCCUGGGUGAGCGCCUCCCCGCCCCCCUCACUGUGAACGGCAGCUGCCGGCCCGGAGAGGAGGAGGAGGCCGGGGCCAAGCAAGUGGAGAAAAAGGACGAGGCCUGCGCCCGGCCCCCCGGAGUGGGAGGAGAGGUCUCCCGGCCCCGCUACAGCCUGCUGGCCGAGGUCGGACGGGGGACGUACGGCGUGGUGUACGAGGCGGUGGCCCGGAAGACCGGAGCCCGGGUGGCGGUGAAGAAGAUCCGCUGUGACGCCCCGGAGAACGUGGAGCUGGCCCUGUCCGAGUUCUGGGCCCUGACCAGCCUCCGCCGCCGCCACCCCAACGUCGUCCGCUUCGAGGAGUGCGUCCUCCAGAGGAACGGCCUGGCCCAGAAGAUGAGCCACGGGAACAAGAGCAGCCACCUCUACCUCCGCCUGGUGGAGGCCUCCCUCAAGGGAGAACGUCUUUUCGGCUCUCUAGAAGAAGCCUGCUACCUUUGGUUUGUCAUGGAGUUCUGCGAAGGUGGCGAUCUCAAUCAGUAUAUCCUCUCCAGGAGGCCAGACCCUGCAACCAACAAAAGUUUCAUGUUGCAGCUCACAAGCGCCAUCGCCUUUCUGCACAAGAACCAGAUCGUACACCGGGACCUAAAACCUGAUAACAUUCUGAUUACCGAACGAUCGGGCGCGCCGGUCCUGAAAGUGGCAGACUUUGGCCUCAGCAAGGUAUGUGCUGGGCUCACUUCCCGGGGCAAGGAAACGUCAGGGGAGGAAGUGAACGAGAACAAGACUGUGAACGUCAACAAAUACUGGCUGUCUUCGGCCUGCGGCUCUGAUUUUUACAUGGCUCCGGAGGUGUGGGAAGGUCACUACACGGCUAAAGCCGACAUAUUCGCCCUGGGCAUCAUCAUCUGGGCUAUGAUCGAGCGCAUCACGUUUGUGGACGCCGAGACCAAGAAGGAGUUGCUGGGGACUUACAUAAAGCAAGGCAGUGAGAUUGUGCCUGUAGGGGAGGCGCUGCUAGAGAACCCAAAGAUGGAACUUCACAUCCCACAGAAACGCAGGACUUCCAUGUCGGAGGGCAUCCGACAGCUGCUUAAGGACAUGCUGGCCGCUAAUCCUCAGGAUCGGCCGGAUGCGUUUGAGCUGGAGACGCGGAUGGACCAAGUUACAUGUGCUGCUUGAGGCAUUGCUCUGGUUUAAAGUGGAAUCAAGGCUUUGUGCGAUCUUUCCAGGACCUGGACCCACUGCUGCACCUCCCUCUGCCUGCACGCUUGUGGAUUCUGUGACUAGAUCUGUAAAAUGUUCUAGAAUUAAAAAAUUUGGAGCCCAA